GCCGACUAAACCCGUUUGUUGGCCCGGACUCCCCGCGCACAGGAGGGCAGAUCGGAUUUACUGUCCCAACUAGAAAGUCCAGUUCCACCGACACGGGGCGAGAUGACACAAGACUACGACAACAAAAGGCCGGUGUUAGUUCUUCCGAAUGAAGCCCUGUAUCAGCAGAGGAGAUCUUACACCACUGAAGAUGAGGCCUGGAAGUCCUUCCUGGAGAAUCCCCUCACGGCAGCCACCAAAGCAAUGAUGAGCAUCAACGGGGAUGAAGACAGCGCCGCGGCCCUGGGGCUCCUGUACGACUAUUACAAGGUUCCCAGAGAGCGCCGGCCUUCGUCGGCCAAAACAGACCACGAUCAUCAUCACCAUGAGGCGGAACACAAUAAAAGGAAUGUCCUGUCUCAGUUGAGCGAGCAGUCGUUGAUACCCGUUAGAGAAAACCGGGUGCAGGUUCUAAAAUCCGCGGGGCCGUUCGAACUUCUUCUUCCCCUAAAUAACCCCCUUGACAAAAGAGGUCACCUAACCUCCCCAGACACCACUGCCACAGUCUCGAUUACAUCCAUGCCAGCGCACGCCAUCAAAACAGAGUCCCAUGGAUUCACAGUGGGCAUACCGCCAAGCGUCUACCACUCGGAACCCGCUGAGCGGAUAAUAACCUUCGACCGCAACGUCACCCCAGAUCAUUAUAGCUCCAGCAGCCAGCCCCCCAGCUCUCAGAGACGGACUCCAGAUUCCACCUUCUCAGAGACUUUCAAGGAAGAUGUGCCGGAGGUUUUCUUUCCAUCUGACCUCAACCUCCGAAUGAACAGUAUAAGCUCCGAAGAGUAUGUUUUCGACCCUGUUGCCGGCAAUACUUUUGAAUAUACACUUGAAGCCUCAAAGAGUCUCCGACCAAAGCCUGGGGACAGCACGAUGACGUAUCUGAACAAAGGCCAGUUCUAUCCCAUUACAUUGAAAGAAAUUGGCGGCAAUAAAGGGAUCCACCAUCCGAUCAGCAAAGUCCGGAGCGUCGUUAUGGUCGUGUUUGCGGAUGAUAAAAGCCGAGAAGACCAGCAGCGUCACUGGAAGUACUGGCAUUCCCGGCAGCACACGGCCAAGCAGAGGUGCAUCGACAUAGCCGACUACAAAGAGAGCUUUAACACCAUCAGUAACAUCGAGGAGAUCGCAUACAACGCCAUCUCCUUUACAUGGGACCUGAAUGACGAAGGCAAGGUAUUCAUAUCCGUCAACUGCCUGAGCACAGACUUUUCCUCGCAGAAAGGCGUGAAGGGUUUGCCGCUGAAUCUACAGAUAGACACCUACAGCUACAACAACAGAAGCAACAAGCCGGUGCAUCGAGCCUAUUGCCAAAUCAAAGUCUUCUGUGAUAAGGGGGCUGAACGUAAGAUUAGAGAUGAGGAACGCAAACAGAGCAAGCGAAAAGGCAAGUGUUCUGAGCUCCCGUCCCAGAUCAAUACUUUUGCAGAUGUUAAAGGAGGCCUUCUAGCAUCUCACAAAAGGACGGAUAUCACUGUUUUUAAGCCGAUGAACGACCACGACACGCAGCCGGUCCUGUUUAUCCCAGACGUGCACUUUGCAAACCUCCAGCGCAACACGCAUGUGCUCCCCAUUGUGUCGGAGGAGAUGGAAGGGGAAAGCUCUGGAAUGAAGAGGAUGUCCUUCUCGGCUGAAGAGGACUUCGCCGCCCCACCUGCCAAAAUGGCGAGAGCAGAGGAGCCAAAAAGAGUUUUGCUGUAUGUGAGAAAAGAGUCCGAGGAAGUGUUUGAUGCUCUCAUGCUCAAGGCUCCGUCUAUUAAAGGGUUAAUGGAGGCUAUAUCUGAAAAAUACGAUAUACCUUUUGAAAAAAUCUCAAAGAUCUUUAAGAAGUGUAAAAAAGGUAUCCUGGUAAACAUGGACGAUAAUAUAAUCAAGCAUUACUCCAAUGAAGACACGUUCCAGCUUCAGAUCGAAGAAUCAGGAGGCUCUUACAAACUAACGCUCACGGAAAUCUGAGGCUACCGUCCGUGCCUAUGGACUGCGCACAGAGAGGCCUCCGCUUUACCUCUUCUUCUACGAGUUAAUGGGUCGCUGUCCUUGGGAAGCAGCCAGACCUUCAGUUAAGGACGAUUUCUCACACUGGGUGUAUUAAUAAUACUUUAUGGAGCUUCGCUCUCCCGUGGGGGAGAAUGGACACCCCCAAAGUCAUGGCAAUGAAGUGUAAAGUUCUUACAAUGUAUGGUGAGAAUAAGAAUACGCGUUCUCAAUGCAACAUUCAGUAACGAGCGCCGCGGGUUCCCUGUACUGGAUUGAAAAUAUGGCUUUAAGUGAGGGUGGGGGGGGGGGGAUUUGAACUUUUGUAUUACUGAUAAAAAUGACCAUCUCCCUUUUUUUACAGU